UUUAAAAGCUGUCUUCGUAUUUUCAUCUUCAUUCAGUAGUUUGCUUUAUAAAUACACAUCUCAUCCAAUCUCUGUAAUCAGUAUUUGAGAGCUCAGUGAUCUGAUCAAUUCGAUUAAAGUAAUGUCGACAAAGCAAAAUGGAGAAAGUGGUAGCACUAGCAUGAUUGUGAUGGAAGAAGAGAAAAAGGCCAAAGUUGAGUCGGCGUCAACUCAUGUAACUCUGAGAUUCAAGGGUCAGGACGAGGAGGAAAUAAGAGUUUUUAGGAUGAGAAGGAACGUCGAGAUGCGUAAAGUUAUGAAACGGUACGGUGAGACGAGAGGAGUGAAGUGGACAACGUUUGUUUUCAUAUUGAAGGAUGGCACGAGGAUUCGAGAGUCUCAUACACCUGAUGAGCUGGAGCUCAAGGAUGGAGCUAAAAUCGACGCAAUGCUGCAUCAUGAGGGAGGCGGUUACGGUCCAUCUUCUAUAAUAUUUUGA